GCAGGGCUGCCAUGGGGGCUGCAGUGGGCCAAGACUGCGUCCUCUCGGUCCGCAGACUCAGGCAGAGUAACAAAUAGGCUUCAAAGGCGUUGCUGGGAAGAGAGCGCCGUUUAAGUCACCCAGUCGUUAGCCUGCACAGGAGAGUGGGGAGCAGCGGGGCACGGAGAGAUGAAUUCCCGGAGCCAAGUUGCCCUGGGGAUAAAAUCAGCCAGACUGGCUGACCUGGGAAGAGCCGGCUGGCCGCGGAGAGAGAACUCCAGGCUGGAGGAGGUGGAGUCGCGCGCCAAGUUCAGGUGCAAGAGCGCGCGCACCGGCCGGUGGACUCGGGAUUUCCAGGUACCGCAUUGACCGCGUCUGUUGAAGUCAAGUGCGGGGUCAAGGUGGCUAUUGAGGGAGGCUUGAAGAAAGGGUGGUAAACCCAGAAAAGUCAUGACACGCCCAGUUCUCCAAGUUUUUGGAGAAGAGCGGGAAAGCGCCACAAUCCCGCCUGUUACGCCGAGGAGUCGGCAAGUCUCCCAGCCCCACCCCUGCAGCAGUGAUGCAAAGAGGACAAAUCACCGCAGGGAGGGGAAAAAACCCUCCAGGGGUGACGGGGGUAGGGAGGUGGGGAGAGUAGGCAGCGAGCCGUCUCCAGCCAGUGGGGCGAGAGGGAACGCGUUCUGGGAAAACGAACCCCGCAUAAAUCAUUGAGUUCGGAGCCCAGCGCUUUCAGAGGCCGGAGCGCACCUCCCCAGCCUCUCCCAAGCUGAGAAAGGGCAGACAGGGGAAGGGGCCGGCGACGCGACCGAGAGCAGCUCAGCUGGCGGAGGGGACGCUGCCCCCGGGGACGCCCUUAGGAGGGAGAGCAGAGCCCCGCGAGCGGCGAGCGCGGGGAGGCGAGAGCGCAUCGGCCGAGAUCCCUCGCCAGCCGAGGAGGACAGGGAGUGGGCCUCCGCGGAGGCCGAGGAGGCCCUGCAUGGACAGCAUGCGUUUCUCCGGAGGCCCCGGCGCGGGCUCCGCGGGCAACUUCAGCCGGUGGUGGCCUCUGGCCGCCGGAGGUGCCAACGCCAGCCGGGAAGCGGAGGCGCUCGGGGAAGGCGGCGGCCCGGAGGGGGACGUGCGGAACGAGGAGCUGGCCAAGGUGGAGAUCGCCGUGCUGGCCGUGACUUUCGUGGCGGCCGUGCUGGGUAACAGCUGCGUGCUGCUGGCGCUGCACCGCACGCCUCGCAAGGCGUCCCGCAUGCACCUCUUCAUCCGCCACCUCAGCCUGGCCGACCUGGCCGUCGCCUUCUUUCAGGUGCUGCCGCAGCUGUGCUGGGACAUCACCUACCGUUUCCGCGGCCCCGACGGGCUGUGCCGCGUGGUGAAGCACCUGCAGGUGUUCGGCAUGUUCGCCUCGGCUUACAUGCUGGUGGUCAUGACCGCCGACCGCUACAUCGCCGUGUGCCACCCGCUCAAGACGCUGCAGCAGCCGACGCGCCGCUCGCGCCUCAUGAUCGCCGCCGCCUGGGCGCUGAGCUUCGUGCUGAGCACGCCGCAGUACUUCAUCUUCUCCAUGGUCGAGGUGAACAACGUCACUCGGGCCUACGACUGCUGGGCCACCUUCAUCCAGCCCUGGGGGCCCCGCGCCUACGUGACCUGGAUGACCGGCAGCAUCUUCGUGGCGCCCGUGGUCGUCCUGGGCACCUGCUACGGCUUCAUCUGCCACCACAUCUGGCGCAACGUCCGCGGAAAGACGGCGUCGCGCCGGGACAAGGGCGCCGCGGGCGCGGGCGGCGCUUUCCACAACGGGCUCCUGCUCGCGCCCUGUGUCAGCAGCGUGGAGACCAUCUCCCGCGCCAAGAUCCGGACCGUGAAGAUGACUUUCGUGAUCGUGACGGCUUACAUCGUUUGCUGGAUGCCCUUCUUCAUCAUCCAGAUGUGGUCUGUCUGGGAUAAGAAGUUCAACUGGGUCGAGUCGGAAAACCCCGCCAUCACCAUCACUGCGUUACUGGCUUCCUUGAAUAGUUGCUGCAAUCCCUGGAUAUACAUGAUUUUUAGUGGUCAUCUCCUGCAAGACUGUGUCCAAAGCUUCCCCUGCUGCCAAAACAUGAAGCAAACAUUCAACAAAGAAUCGGACAGUAUGAGCAGAAGACAGACUUGCUCUAACAACCGAAGCCCGACAAACAGUACAGGUACAUGGAAGGACUCGCCUAGAUCUUCCAAGUCCGUCAAAUUCAUUCCUGUUUCAACCUGAGCCCCACCUUCAUGCAGCCUGACUCUUGUAACAGACUUUUUGGUCCUUUGGCUGAAUCCAGCUGGAAAUCAUGAGAACAAAUGAAUUUAUAUGAGAUAAGCAUAAAUCAAUUUAUUGGGUACAAGACUGCAUUUCUAGUUGCAUUUUCACGUUGCUAUGACCAAAAGCUAUGAAUUGUUUUAUACAGAAUGUUAAUAAAAACACACUACACUAAAAUUUGCAGGCCUAAUUCCCAGAAAUACAACAGAAGUUAUAUUUAAAGGAAAAAUCAUAACCACCCUGGCUUUAUAUUUUGUUGUUGAUUUCUUUUCUUUCCUUUCCUUUUCUUUUUAUUUCUGACAUAACUAAGGCUUGAUUGGCUUAAAGUCAUAUAACAUAGGGGCGUUAUUUCUAAACAAAGUCAGCUCAUCAUCAGCCUUAGCAUUUGAAAGCAGUAGAAGAGACUUCAGACAAAUUAUGUUACCAUCCGAUAAAGUUGAUUUAUGCAUCAGACAAUGCAGCCUCAAACUGUGGCCUGGAGAUGGGAUGGUCCUUGGAGAGGCCUGAGUGCUGGAGGUAUAUUUAGCACGGGAUGCCCCGUUCAGCGUGGAAAGUGCAAAGUUCUGUUAGAAACUGUAAAUCACCUAAAUUUCAAAAUGGUCAGUUUAGAACUGGCAGUUCCCUUCUUUGAGUUUCUCAUGUUUUAUUAUUGUGAAAGCACAAUUACUAAGUUGCUGGAGGUUAGAGAAAAUGUUGUCAACUAGCACAUAAUAUCUUUUUUUCUCCUGCUGCAAGGUCAUUUUGAAGUCAGAUUUGUAUGAGGAAUAUCCGAUUUUAUUAGAAGAGUAGAAAAGGAUCGCCCAAAGUACUAUGUAGACUUUCUCUAGAACAUUGUGAACAUGUUUUGAUCAGUGUUACAAUGUAUCCUGCACUAUGCUGGUUACUAACACGAUCAUGACUUCAUGUUUGGGAAUCCAGAUUCAUAGAUAAGAGUCUCCUAACCAGUAACUCAGGAUAUAGAAUGUCCCCUCAUGUUUAAUUGAAAAUAACUUGGUCUUUCCUUCUGAUCUCCCACCCAUCUAACAGUUUCAUGGUAGAGGAGAGACAGGGUUGGGGGUGGGAGAUGGAAAGAAAACUGCUCUACACCUAAUCUGGCUUCCAUCAUUAUUGAAUGCACGACUUUAGGCAAACUACUUAAAACACAUAUAGCCUCCAUUUUCUUGGCUGUACAGUGGAGUUGAUAACACCUCACGGAGUUGUUGUGAGGAUUAAAUGAAAUCAAGAGUGUGAAAAGACCUUCUUAAACUAAGCGCUGUACUAAUGCUGGCAGCUGCUUUUAAUAUAGCCUCGGCGGGUCUUCAGAAUCGCGCAUCUUUUCCCUGUUCACUUUUUACUAACCAGAAUUUGUUGGUUUCAUGUCUGGGAUAUAAAACCCUAAAAUUUAAAUCAGCUCUGCUGAUUUGUUGGAAAGCAUUGCCAGCGGCCACUAAACCUGACUUCUGUCUGACUAAAGUUUUCCAAUUUAAAGAUAGAACUUGCUUUCCUUUGAAUGCUGGUAAAUUAAAGCCAGCCAAGAGCAUCAAUUUCUUUCGUUUCUAAACAGACGUAAAUUACACUACCUGGCUGUUGUUACCGCAUUUUUCAUUAACGGAACUCAGUGGUUUUUUUCGAGCUAUUUUGUCUGGCUCCUUCUCCUUCUUAGAGAACGUGCAAUGAGUUAAGGAUACAUCAUAAACCUUUUGCACCCCUUAGAGGAAGUAAUAGUUAUUUUACUAGUAU